AUGAUAGUACGGCUAAUCCUCGCCCUCUUUGUGGCUCCAUCAACAGUCGCAUACCAACGUCAGACAUGUUCUUCCUCUGCCUGUCUCGAUGGCACCUCAAAGGCUGGUAUCCUCGCAUAUAACAAAGCUCAAGGUACCGCAUACACCCCUGGAACAUAUCCAUCUUCUUCAGUAAUCCUAUCAGCUCUAGUCCCAUCCGCCCUCAACCAGUCUAUCACUGCAAAGAACGAUCAAGUCACUAUAUCAUUUCCUUCCUAUCCUGUAUCUUUCACAGAACAUGGCUAUACUGGUUCGCCAAUGACCUGGUCGUCAUCCGGCUGGACCGACCGAGAGUGGAAGAGUGUGCUUUUGCCGAGUCAGUGGUGUGCCAUUCUCGGAGAUGGUUACGCACUUUGGGGUGCUGUACCGGAUUCCAAACAACUACCUUCCGGACUAUCUUCGAAAGACAUCGUCGGAGCCGGUUCGGGAGCAUGCAUUCCUGCAUGUACCGAUAAGGGAAUAUGUAUCUCAACAAACUCUUCCACGGCAGCAUGCCAGUGUCAAUCAGGCUGGGACGGCCAACAGUGUGAUGUGUGCGCAAAAGGGUUUUAUGGGAGUUCAUGCCAAGCUUGUGAUGCCGGGUGCGACGUGUGUGAUGACGGUCUCGCGGGUACUGGGCACUGCUUGUCUCUUCCGUCAUCUAAUGCUACAUGUGACUGCCUACACGGUACCUGUGCCCCUGAUGGGAGCUGUACCUGCUCCGCCGGAUGGCAAUCCACUAGCGGGUCGCAACAAAAGUGCUCGACAUGCUCCAAGGGGUUUUUUCAGGAUGCUCAUGACAACUGUUUGGCCUGCCCGCUGGGAUGCACUACCUGUUUCCUCUCAGCCGACACAGACGCGACGCCCGUCUGCACGGCGUGUGCCUCCAAUCUUUCACUCUCGUCUGCCACUCCGGCCACUUGUGAGGCCACUGGAACGUGUGCCGAGGGACAGUAUUGGGACUCUGCUUCUUCCUCAUGUCAAGGUUGCUCGCCGUCGUGUGCGAGCUGCACCGGCCCCAAUCCCACCGACUGUCUGGCCUGCGCGUCACCUCGGGUCAAUUUGGCUGGCUCUUGCGUGGGGUACGAUGUCAGUACCGGUGUGUGUGAUUCCAGCCUGUCGGGACUGCAGGGGAGCUUUGUUGUCGAUAACGCUAAGAGCAAGUGUGAUGCGGGAAGUAGUGGUACCAAUGGGACCUGUCAGAAAUGCGACUCAUCGUGCUCAACUUGCAUCGGCAGUUCGACAUAUUGCACCUCUUGUCCUUCGCCCUUGCUCGCCUCUGGAGGUAGUUGCACAACGACAUGUCCCUCUGGCCUUCUCCCUUCGACUUCCACGAACGCCUCCACCUGCCUUCCAUGUUCCCCAUCGUGUUCCACUUGUUCCUCUCCUCUAUCCGCUUCGUCAUGCACCUCCUGCCCCUCGUCCUCCCCAGUGCUCUUCCUCGGUCGAUGCGUCACACACUGUCCUCAAGACAUGUACUGGGACUCGUCCCACUCUUCGUGUCAAGCAUGCGACUAUCACUGUGGAUCUUGUUCUGCCUCAGGCUCGUCAUCCUGUACAUCAUGCGUGGACGGAUUCAUGCUGGAACGAGGGACCUGUGUUCGGGCGGGAUGCAACUCUGGUGGUUUCGCCAAUGGACUAGGUAUAUGUUUAUCGACUCUGCUCACAUCGGAGGAUGAAUCGCUCUGGGGAUUAUUCGGCCUUCCAGCGGGAUUGGCAGUAGUGGGUCUGGUCGUCUGGUGGGUGAUAAGGGAAAGAAGAAGGACGAGAGAGGCCACAAAGGAAUUUGGCCGGGGUAUGGGUGUACAUCACGUCAAGGAUGCUUUGAUGGCGUUGAGGUUGGAAAGGGUGUUUGGAUUUAGAAGGUUUCCUUCUCCUGAGGAUGUUACACCCGCCUUUGACCAUACUACGAGAAACACACCGCAGUGGGAUUGGGAAGCAGCUUGGGAGGCUAGGGAAAUGGGCCUGAAUUCGAAUAAAUCUAACCGAACCGAUUCAUCUGUCAGGGGGGAAAGGAGAGAUGGAGAGAGGAGUAGAAGAUGGAAGGAUUUGUUUCAUCUUCGGAAACACAACACGCCACAAAGAGCAAUGACAAAGAUGGAUCUAGAAAGAAAUUCAGAUGAUCAAAGAGAAAGUUGGUUCGUCCCUCCACCGCCGUAUCAUCCCCCUUCGAGUCACCCAAAUUAUCAAGACAAUUCUGCCAAUUCAUCAUCUAACCUUCCCGAGUCGACAGGUGGUAGGGAUGGUCAUCGGGUUGGUAUCAAUGGGAUGAGAGUAGGAAGCGGGAUAAGUAGACCUAUAUCAACUUCGAAGAUUGUUUCGUUGGAAUCACCGACCAUGGCGACCUGGCCAUUCUUACCGUCUUCUACAAAUCCUUCGAAUUCUUCUUCUCAUUCGAAUGGACCUGGAGGGGGAGGUAGUGGAGUGGGAGAAGGCGAACAUGGAUCAGCGAGUGGAGUAAGUGAUGAGGUGGAACAUGGAGGUGAGGUCGGGGACAAGAGGGAAGAAGGAUUAGGUCCAAGAAGUUUGUAUCCCCCUCCGAGACCUAGAAUCGAGAGAGAGAGACAGGUGAUCAGAACAUCAGGGAGAUUAAGUGAUUUGUGGCCUGCUUUAGGGAAGAAAGAGAGGGAAGAACAGGGAUGGGUUUAA